AAGGAGGAGGGGCCGGGCAAACAUGGCCGCCCCCGCCAAGUGGGAGCGGCUGAGGCCGCUGCAGCCGGACACGCUGCGCCCACCAAUGAUCAACCUGAAUGUGGAAGAUGAGCUACAGUUUGGAAGAAAGACACUGAAAGUCACAAGGCCUCGAUUUGAUGCAUCCCUGGUUUAUUUGACCCGAAAAUUCAUGGAUCUUGUCAAAACAGCUCCAGAUGGUGUCCUUGAUUUAAACGAGGUAGCAACAACUCUUGGCGUACGAAAACGAAGAGUAUAUGACAUCACCAACGUGUUGGAUGGAAUCCACUUAAUUCAGAAAAGAUCUAAGAACCUUAUCCAGUGGGUAGGUUCUGAUCUUGAUCAAGUUGUUGGAAGGGCACCAGAACAACAAAAACUUAGAGAUGAACUUUCUGACUUGUCAGCCAUGGAAGAAGCUCUGGAUGAAUUAAUCAAGGAUUGUGCUCAUCAGCUGUUUGAACUUACAGAUGAUAAAGAAAAUGCAAAACUAGCUUAUGUGACAUAUCAAGAUAUCCAUAGUAUUCAGGCAUUUCAAGAACAGAUUGUUAUUGCAAUCAAAGCUCCAGAAGAAACAAAAUUGGAAGUACCAGCUCCUAAAGAAGAUAGCAUAGAAGUGCAUAUAAAGAGCACGAAAGGACCUAUUGAUGUGUAUUUAUGUGAAGUGGAACAAGAUAAGCAAGGUACCAAAACUUUUGAAGAUAUGGAUACUGUGACGUCGGAAAUUAAGCCAUCGGUACCUCCAGACGAAGAGUGAGAUCUCCAGAAGCAAGCUGCGAGAUGUGAGAGAUGAAUUACCACUCAAACUCUAAUGCAGAAUGUAAAUAUCUGUGUUAUAGAACCUUUUCAGAACUGCUUGGAACUGCAAACUUACUGACCUGAAAUGCUGCAAAAUAUUUUAAAUUUAAAACAGCAGUGGGUUGGUUGACUGCUUAUCCUCCUAAAUUAAAAGAAGACAGUUCCUAGAGUUGUGUUUAGGAGUUUUGUUUUCAUAUUUGCAUGUGAUCUACAGCGUUUGGGGAAAAUGGCCCUUUUAGCUUAUGAAAUAACUUUGAAUUGAUGGAAAACAUAGGCAAGGAAUAACUUGUAAAAAUGAAGAUCCAAAAACUAUUCCUGAACAAUCCACGAUCCUUGUAAGAAUGUAUAUAAUGAAGAAAUGCACUUUUCAGUUCUGAAGCGCACUGCUGUUAAACAGAAAUGUCAAAUACAGGUGUAACAAGGACCUGGUGUAUUGGAAGCCUUCAGUGUAAGGAGCAAGAUGUAAAUAUAAUGAAUGUUUUGCCUUACACCGUGUAGGUGCUGCUUGCAUCGUUUGCAUCCAACUCUGCAGGAACUGCGGUAUCAACCCUGAGGUUAAAGAAGGGGGCUCUUC